AAUGAUAAUGUGUCAUUGUCAAAACCAAAAUAUUCAAGUGACACGUAAUUCUCAAUAAAUAAAUUUUCUUUUUGUGAUCUCCAGAUGUGAAAAUUCGCGAAAAUUUAUAUUUGUAUCGUUCAAUUAUAAAGUACUAUAAUGUCUGAUAGAGGUUUUGGUGAUCACGCGUCUAAGAAUCUUGUGAAAAAUCCGCUUUUGUCAACUGCUGUGAUUGGUGUCUCUCUCGAAGAUUUGACGCAUAAUGCUGUGUUACUGCCUGCCGUACCUAGCCAAGAACUGAUCACAAGACAAGAUGAACAGAUUGGAACCCAAGCGCGUACCUUGGUGCACCCUGAGCAAGAUAUAUCAUUACUUUCAUCUGGUGAUACCAACUCAAACCUUAACCAAGCGAAACAUUUUUCAAACAUUAAUCUAAACCCACUGGAUAUUCAAACUAAUACCGAUAAUAAUGUAAUCCUGAAGUCACGCACUCCGACAAUGCCAAAACCUUCCGUGAAUUCUGAAGAUGAUUUUGACGUUAACGAAUAUUUUGCUAGGCUUCAGGGCACGAGAUACGUAAGUGCACCUCUCAAUAGCGCUAUUAAAGAGGAACAGAAAACAAAUCUGGGAACAGAAGAAGAGAAUUUAGAAGAAAUAAAUCUAAAUGAGCCAGAUAAAACUGUUGUUGAUGAUUUUCAACAAAGUAUAACGGCUGAUAUUGCUCAGAAUUUCUCACAACUACCCACCGUUUUGCCGCAAGUUGCGAGCGCUGUAUUUAGCUCAUUCUCUAACAUGCUAAGCAUGAAGAGUCGGGAGCAAACACCUGAGGUUGGGAAAACACAACCUGAUUACCAGAAUACAGUUAAGCAGUCUGAAGAUAUAGGAGUGCCUCUGAUGAGUGUUCCUAACAUUGACAAAGAUGUGGCACCACCGCCUAAGGAGCCUCCUAUAAUUGGUACUGCUUCCAACUAUCGCAUAACGACGAGGAAGAAAAUGUAUGCGCAGAUACCUGGCCUGAGAUCUGCAGAUACUAUGCAAAAUGUGCCGAUAAAUAAUUUGCCUAUGAAUCCAACAAAUACACUUCCUUAUUUUACUCCUGACAAUACGUCAAGUGCUACAGAAAAAAGAAGUGAAAUAGAUUUUCCUGCGUCAGCAAUACUAGCGACACAUUAUUCAAAUAUUUUAGAAGGACCAACAUCAAGUUUAGAUAAAGCCGUUGAACAAACAGAUGGAUAUGACAUUGUCACUGCUCCUGAUAUUAAUUUAGCAAAUUCUGCACGUCAAAACUUAGCACAAGAAAAUCAAUCACCACCAUUUUCGUCAACAAAUAUUCAAAAAAAUUCUGCCAUAACAGUUGAAAAAAAGGACCAAACGGAACCUUCUAACGUUGCACUGCAACCUUCUAAUUAUGUAUUUAUUCCCCCAACUCAGCAAACAUUAUUAGAAACUCCUUCUAAUGUUUCUGUAAUACCCCCACCGCCAAUGUUUUCCAAUUUACCGAAAAAAGAAGGACAGAACAACGUGAGAUCAGUUCUACCACCAUCUAUAGCAAGGCGUAUAGCAGCAAGUAAUCCUGUAUUAAAACCUCAAACGCCAACAUCCAUCGUAACUCCACAACAUAAUAUAUUUAUACCAUCUUCAGAUAUUUCUACUCAGUCACAAUUAGAACAAAACGUACCUAGUUCUGCAAAUUUUGUUACGACAUUGAUGUCAAAUGAAUUAACUGGUUCUGAGGAACCCGUAAAGAAGUUAAUUUUUGAUAACACGCCAGCAGUUUUUUCACAAAGCAGAAGUACCUCCUCUACCAUUGAGCCGCUCUUAUUUAAACCAUCAGACUUUUCGACACCUUCGGUUAGGCAAAUGACACAAACCUUACCUACACAGGAUAGUGAAGAUUAUGUCAAAACUGAAACAUCUGAUUUAUUGGUUACACCUUUAUCACAGUCGAAUUUAGUACCACAUGUGUCUAAUGCUGAUCAAGAAUUGACAUCAAAUAUAUCAUUUAUGGAAGACACAACUUUUAAAGUAUUAUCAACAAACAUUUCUCAAAGACAAUUAACGCCGCAUAAAACAAUAUUACCACCACCAGUAUUCUUUAAUCCAAACACUGUACCAACAUUAGAUCCUCAAACUGAAGCACACAAAUAUGAAACUAACAAGAAUGAAGCCAUCUCUUUAGAAUCUACCCACUUUGUACCUGAUACCGUUACACCGGCACCCACCAAAAACUUACCUGAACCUCCAAAAACAUUAAGUAGUAAUAACUUCAGAAUGACGAAGAAAAAACCUCAGUAUUAUUCUGGCCCUAUUGAAGGCUUUGGCAGUAUAACAAAUAAUUUGAACGUGAAACCUACGAUUGAUGCCGUUCAAACCAACGUGUUUCAAGGAGCUCUUUAUACUCCUCAGUUACCUGUUGAGUCAACAUCGUCGGAGUUAAGUUCUACGUUAUUUGGUACUGGCCAUUCUACGUCCCCGUUUGAUUUAACUAAUCCAACCAAUAAUAUGUCAUCUUCUCCGAAGUAUGACGUUAACCAGUCACAAGAUCCUACUUAUUUACAAUCUGAGUCUAAUACUGUAUUUGAUUUGAGCAGACAAACUUCAGAAUAUUUUGAUCAACCUCAGCAAGGAUCUAAAAGCUUUGGCAUAAUUGGGUCAUUGAAAUCUAAACUAAGUUCAAUAGAUAUCAAUAAGAUUCAAAAUACAGUUACUACCUUUUUCGAUCCUGCUUAUAAUUAUACUAAAAUGGAAGCCACAAGUAAUUACGAAAAUAUUCCGUACGAUACCGUAACUACAAGCAAAUCAACACACCUGGAUCAAAACGCUGUGACACCAGACAAUAAUUUAGAAAUAUACGUCCCCAAUGUACAAACAUAUACGGGACAUAAUUAUCAAAUGAUAGAUAACACUAAUAUUAAUACAGCGUCAACCAACAUUCCUUAUAGUUCGGUUCAGUACAGUUACUUUGAUAACCAAACUAAUAACCCUUAUGUACCUUGUACUUACUCUAAUGAAAAUGUGAAUAACGAUCCUGCACAAGAAAAUCUUUCUGCAUCUUCGUGGAACACAGAAUUUACUAUCGGAUUAAGUAAUACACAAGAUACUAUGAAAGAUGUUGAAAACAGUAUUGAGUCUAGUUCUGAAGGAAAAGAACAAAAGUCCCAAAUUGUAAUGUCAAGUCUCCCAGAGACCAACAUUAAUAAAUCAAUUACGAGUCCAGCCUUGACCACGAACUAUUUACACAACACGAUGCAAACUUCGGAAGUUGAUUCUCUUACUUUUGAAUCAAAAACCUAUGUAGAUACUGAAACUUAUCAAAAUCAGUUUUUACAAACACAUCCAACAAAAGUUGAGGAAAGAGCAAAUGUUUCUUCAUUAUUCGAAACAUCGACAUCGUCUGAAGUUGCAGAACAACGUAAUCCUAUUAUCACGGACAGUUUAAUAAAUGCAAACUUUUUUACACAUACUGAAAGCAUUACAACAAGAGAUGAAAAACUUAAAAAUUUCGCCUCACAAGUUCCUAAAGGAGAAUAUUGUAAAUAUUUUGAACCAUCACCAGAUUUAUUCUGUGAUUCAUUGUUCAGUCAACCUACUACCGGUGAACCUAAUAGUGUCACUGACAUAACAGUAAGUAAUUUAAAGGAUGUGGCGUCAUUGGAAACUUCAAAAAAUCAAGAACCCUACAAAUUUAAUCAAAACGCUGCUGAUUUCUUCGAUAGUACCUUCUCGAUCGAGAAGAACUUAGCAAUAGAUAAUGAAAAAGAAAGUGAAAAUGACUUAAAUAUUUGUGAGACAUGCAGAGAAGUCAAUAAGCCUGAAGAAAAAGAAUUAGAAAAUUUAACCGAUCAGUUAAUUGAAAAUAUAACUGCACCUAUACAGCUUUCCAAUCCAGUUGAAGUCCCUCUCUCAGAAAACAAUAUACUAGAUGUAAAUAGAACAGAUUUUGAACCUGGUCAGUGCGCUGAAAUUUCACAUAUCACAGAAGAAACUAUUGAAUCAAUACAAGUGCAUGCUGCUUCAGAAAUUUUGGAUGACAUUGACAAUAAUACAACGAUAAUGAAAAAUUAUGGGUGGUGCACAAAUGAUACUACUUUGGCAUCUUCUGACGCUCUUUUAGAACAUAACUAUACUUUACAGUCUGAUGAAAAUAUUAUAGGAUUUUCUCAAAAUAAAUCUUUGUUCUUUGAAAACAUGCCAUGUAAUGCAAGCGAUGAAAUUAAAGCGGAAUAUAAGAAUUCAUUUGAAGACACAUUAACAGUUCUUCCAAGACAAAUAAGUAUUCCUUCAGCACCCCCGGCAGAAGACGAUACAAAAUCAGAUGAAAGUGGUUUAGAUGUGCACUCUAUAGAACAAGAUGCAAAAAAGGAUUUUCCCAUAUUUGAAGAGUAUGUGAUCGAACCCUCUGAAACAGAUGACGAUAAAAUAGAGUUUAGAGAACGUGAGAGAAGCUCAGAUGAACCUAGUCAAGAUGUAGACACCUUUACGAAUAGAGUGGAAAGAUAUAAAAAGAUGGAAGAAACAAGCACGGAUCAUAAUGAUAACGUAUUUGAUACGCACAAAAGUUCUAAAUCAUAUGAUCCGCCAACUUCGACCAGUCCGUCUAUAACCAUAGCUUCAUAUUUUGAUACGGGUAAUUAUGCAGUAGAAAACCACUACCGGAAUUCAUUGACAUCCCCAUCGAGCCUUAACACUUGUCAUUCAACUGCUCAAAGUUCUCUUAUGCGUGUACCUCCGGGGUUCGAAGACGAAUUCCAAAGGAAAUUAAGCUUGGUGUCCAACGAAGGCUUAUUAGCAUCCAAUAGGGAAGAAAAAGAGAAAUACGUUCCUGAUACCAUAUCCAAAAGUAAUUUAUUCACGACGUUAAGUAAAAGUGAAUUGUCUCUGGAUACUAAUAUUCAAUCCGAACCGACUGAAAAAGAAUCUGCAACAAUUCACGGUGAAGUACAUGUAUCUAACAAAGCGAUUAAUCUAUCUGAAGAAAUCUUAUUUCCAACCACAGCAAAAAGUGAUCUGAAAUUACCAGAUUUUGCGAGCGUUUUUGGUGUAAAGAAUAACGACGGAGAUUCUCAAAAGACUCUUCCCGUAUUUUCUAACGUAGAACCAGAAAAUACAGUGGAAACAGCUGACCAAUCCCAAUUUCCAAACGCUGUGUCGUUGUUGCCUGAUUCAGCAAAUUUCUUUUCAUCAACUUCAGCCCCUGUUGCUACUGAAAGUUCGGACGUUUACGAUUUUAGUAGGUUAUCGAGCUACUUUUCAACAUCAACUCAAGCCGAUCCUUCGAAGUCUUUUUUUGAGUUAAGUCAAUCGCAAAACCAUUACAGGCAAGAUGCUAAUUCAGACGGCCUUAACGCCACUUCGACAGAAUUUCAACGAAAUAACGUUAACGAUAAACAUAACAUUCCAAAUGAAGCGUACAUUGCCAAUAUGAAUUUGAUAAAAGAUUUAACUUCUACCACUAAUAUUAAUUUCAUUCCAAAAGAAAAAACAAUUAGGUCGGUUAACUUUUUUACCGUUGAAUACGAUAAUAAUCCUUUAAAAAUUGCUUUUAACAGUGAGUCUAAACCCGUAGCGUCGGAGCCUAAAUGUGAUAAUAUAACAAAUAACAACAAUGAAUUAAACAAACUAAUAGAAACGAGUACCAACGCUGACCAAAUAGCUAUUAUCGAAGUCUGUUCACAUUGCUGUAACAAAGAAAGUAGUUUAAUCAUAGAAAAAAAAAGUGAUAAUUUAGAUGGUAUAGGUUCAAGUAACUGUAAAUUUAGAAAAUUGAUGGACAAAAAUAAUUCUGAAACAAAUAAAGAUAUUGACGUAAUG